GUGUGUGAGAGAGAUGGUGAUGGAGAAGCCGAGCCCCCUGCUCGUAGGAUGUGAGUUUGUGCGGCAGUACUACACGCUCCUUAAUAAAGCACCGGAUUACCUGCACAGGUUUUACGGCCGGAGCUCCUCGUAUGUUCACGGCGGUCUGGACGGCAGCGGGAAGCCGGAGGAGGGGAUGUUUGGUCAGGCGGAGAUCCAUAAGAAGGUGAUGUCUCUGCAGUUCGGCGAGUGCCACACUAAGAUAAGGCGCGUGGAUGCCCAUGCCACGCUGGGGGAUGGGGUGGUGGUGCAGAUGAUGAGCGAGCUGUCCAAGAGCGGCCGGCCCAUGAGGAGGUUCAUGCAGAUGUUUGUGCUCGUUCCGGAGGGCUAUUCUGUCAAUAAGUUCUAUGUGCACAAUGACAUCUUCUGCUAUGAAGAGGAGGUGUUUGGAGACUCUGAGGCUGAGCUGGGAGGUAAAACUACAGAACACACACAUGUUUACAUGGCAGACGUGUUAUUUAGGUCUAAUGCAUGUACAUGA